UCUGGAAGAGGACCGGGAUCAAAGGUCAGGGUGGGAGGGUUGGGCAGGGCCGGAGUUGGGGCCAGAGCCCAGGACAGUGUCAAAGUGGACACGUCGUCGUGUACAGCAGCCAGGAGCCUAACGAGAACCAUGGCACCACCAAUAUGGGCCAUCCUGCUGCUGGGCCUGUCUGUCCUGCCCAGAUCCUGUUUAUCGGAGCCAGUCCAUGAUGCCUUCGUGGAGGGGCAGAAACAGGAGAAAGUACCCCUGAUUCUCCUCCUCAAGUCAGGCAACCAGGAUUCGGACAGGACACCCACGGGUCCCACGGGGCUCCCAGCACACUCUGGGGCUCUGGACUUUACCGCCAACUCCCAGGAGGCCUCCCAGAAUUCAGAGUCCUUCCUGUCCCCGGAUCCGGCGGGCGCUUUCUUCCCCAGGCUGGAGAGCUGCCUGGAGCCCCGCAGGACGACAGCUGACCAGAGACAGGAGGCUGACUGCACGGAGCCCCCAUCGGCGGAGCAGACCCACAAGCUGGCGGAGGCCAUGAUGGCCUUCACGUUAGACUUGUUCGACCAAGUCCUGCAGAAAUCCAGCAGCCCCAACGUGGUCUUGUCGCCCCUCAGCGUCGCCCUAGCUCUGUAUCACCUCGAACUAGGAGCCAGGAGUAAGACCGCCCAGCAACUGCAAAAAGUCCUGCACGUGGAAUCUGUGUCCUGCCUGCAUGAAACCCUCAGCAACAUGCGCCAGGAGCUGGGCGGCACCGCCCUACAAAUGGCAGCCAGAAUGUAUCUGAAGAAAGGCUUCCUGGUCAAACAGGAAUUCCUGGAGCAGUCAGAGAGAUUUUUUGGUGCAAAACCUUCGAUCCUGAAAGGGAACGAGAAGGAAGACCUUCAGAUCAUCAACCAAUGGGUGAAGGAGGCCACGGAAGGGAAGAUCGAGAACUUCCUAUUGGAGCUCCCACCGAACACAGUGAUGCUACUCCUGAAUGCUGUGUAUUUUCAGGGUUUCUGGAAGACCAAGUUUGAUCCCAGUCUGACCAAGACUGAUGCUUUUCAUUUGGAUGAGAAGUAUAUAGUCCCCGUGACGAUGAUGAAGGCCAAGAACUACCCUUUGCGCUGGUUCUUGCUGGAUCAAGGAGAUGUGCAGGUGGCUCAGUUCCCUUUCAAGAACAACAUGAGUUUCGUGACCGUGGUCCCCAGCCAGUUCAAGUGGAACAUCUCCCAGUUGCUGGGCAACCUGAGCCGGGACGCCUUGCACAGACCCUUCCUGAAGGAGAGGCCCACAGUGGUGAUGAUGCCCAAGCUGCAGCUGGAUCACCAAAUGGACCUGGUCUCCACCCUGAGCCAGCUGGGCCUCCAAGAGCUGUUCCAAGCCCCAGACCUAGGCGGGAUCUCGGAGGAAACCCCCGUGGUAUCCAGCGUCCAGCACCGGGCUACCUUGGAGCUGGACGAGGCUGGCGUGGAGGCCUCCGGCGUCACCAGCGUGGUGAUGUCCCGCAUGUCUCACUUCUCCGUCAACAUGAACCGGCCCUUCCUCUUUUUCAUCUUCGAUGACGUCAGCCGCCUGCCGCUCUUUGUGGGCAGCGUCAAAAACCCCAACCCGGGUGGGCAGAAGGAGAUCAAAGAACAGCGGGACGCCCCUGACAAUAAGGAUUUCCUCCCGAGUUCGAAAUACUUCCUCAUGAGAGACAAGUUUUUCGUGCCCGACUUGAAAUUUUCCGCCCCCAACGAGGAGGAUGACUACCCUGAAUUCCAGAACCCCAAGUGAAGGCAGGCGGGGCUGGGGCAGCAUCCCGCCCUCCAUCCAGCACAAGCCGGGUUUCUCCUCCGGAGCUGGGCGUUGGGGCAGGGACUCCGACCUCUCGGGACUGUUUCUGACCAGUCUGCCAAUCUGGGACGAGGCACUGGUGCCAGGGGAGGGGUUUGGGAUCAGGAAUAGAGAUGGAGUGGGAUGGGGGAGGUGAGGAUGAGAAUGAGAAGAUCCCCUUCCCCUCCCUUCCCCUUGGGGUGGGAGGGCAUUAAGGAAUGGUGGGAGGGACGGGCCACUUUCUCCUCUUGGGUUAGCCAUUGUAAAAGGGCUGGGAGGACUUGUCUUUUCUGGGGCUUGGGGUGUGCAUGCUAAUGGUCACUGACAAAGGUCAUUCACAAAAGAAAGUGCAGCACUUCCCAGUUUGUUUACAAUUAUUCCGGUGGAGGAGGUAGAGGGAGGGAACAAAUUGCUCGGUACCCCUUCUGGCCAUAUAGGACAGGGACAAAUCCACCUUUGGGGGCUGAGGGGAGGACAUUGAGUCAUCUUACUCUGAGGAAAGGACAAUGAGAGAAGAGGGGAAGUGACUCUCCUUAGAGUCACAGGAUCCUGGAUUUGAAGCUGAAAGGGACCUCAGAGAUCAAUUAAUUAAACUCCCCCUCAUUUUACACAUGAGGAAACAGACUUGGCCAAGGUCAUAGUAAUCUUUUGGUUUCAUGGACCCCACACCAAUGGUGACAACGGGGAGAGAGCAUCUGAAUGGAUUUUCAUGCUGGCUCAGGCUAAAUGAAGGGAGAUGGACUAGAUAAUCCCCAAGGUGGUAUCGUCCUGUCUUGCUCUAAUGUUCCUAGAGUUAAUGGCAAUGUUAAGCUGAGAUUCUGAACAGAGAACCCUAUUGACCUAGUGGCAUAUUCUCCCCAUCCCACAGCAACCCAGGCCUGAUCCCCAUCAUCUUGCCUCACCUCCAACCAUCCCCCACGAUCCCAAAGUCACCAGAUUGGCUCUCCUUCUCUCCUCUGGGUCCCAUUUGGAGUGGGCAGGGAGGGUGGUUGGAGGCUUAUUUUAUAAAGUUUUUCUAGUGAUUUUUAUGUCAUCAGAAUAAUAAAGAAUGAAUUGGCCA